AGAGAUUUAUUCUUCGACUACGACAAAGACACAAGACCUGUCUUGAAUGAUAGUCACACAGUUACAGUGACAAUUGGUCUAUCACUUCAUCAAAUAAUGGAUGUUGAUGAGAAAAAUCAAAUAAUGACUACGAGCGUUUGGGCAAGACAAAAAUGGUACAAUCCAUAUAUGAAAUGGAAUAGAUCUGCUUAUGGCAACAUAGCAACCAUUAACGUACCCAGCAAACGCAUCUGGAUCCCAGAUAUCGUUCUUUACAACAAUGCUGAUGAAAAUGUAGAUUUUCGCGGCUAUCUUGAUCGCCUGUCGACAAGAGUUCAGAUCAAUCACGAUGGAUUGAACACGUGGCUCUCGCCAGUAAUGUUGAAAACCAAGUGUAAAAUUAAUGUUGAAUACUUUCCAUUCGACUCUCAGAGGUGUAUUCUCAAGUUUGGAUCAUGGACAUACGAUGGCUUUCGACUGGAUGUGCAAAAUGAAAGCACUUCCAUCGACACAGGAAUGUACAGUCCUUCCGCUGAAUGGCAUUUAUCUUCAGUUCCUGUACAAAGAAAUGUUGUUAAAUAUUUCUGUUGCCCCGAACCUUACCCUGAUGUCACAUUUGUCGUGAAUAUUCAGAGAAGAUCUUUGUUUUAUCUUAUUAAUUUGAUUUUACCGUUGGUUGUCAUCUCUGUUUUGAUAACAUUUGUCUUCACAUUGCCACCGGAAUCGGGAGAACGAAUCUCUUUAUCGAUCACUAUCCUCCUCGCAAUGACCGUCUUCAUGUUGUUGGUCACGGAGACAAUUCCUCCAACAUCAGAAGUCGUUCCUCUUAUAGCCAAGUUCUAUAUGGCUGCCAUGUGUGAAAUAGCUUUUGCCUUGAUAGUUACGUGUUAUAUAUUGCGUUGCUAUCAUAGUGGAGCGAACGAGGUGCCAUCUUGGAUGAAGAGAAUUCUCGUGGGAACUAUGGCAAACUUCUUUGGAGUGAAGAAGUCAAAAGCUUUGCUGAAAAUGGAGAAAGAAGAAGAGAUGUUCGAGCAGUUUGCUUCGCGAAAAGGCUUCUUGGGAAAAAUGAUCAAGAAAUUAACUCAAGAAGAUUCCGAAGAAGAUUUGAUUCAAUGUUGUGUCUCGAGUACUGUUAAAGAAGACAUUGACGUAGCUGUCAGUAACCUACAGCUUCCACAGCUUUUCAAAACUCCACUUAAAGUUGGUGAAAAAGAUAAGACGAAUGAUGUUAAGGAAGCCGGAAAUAGGUGUAGCGAUAGAUUCUCCUCGAAGAUCUUAGACAAGCUGGACAUCAUAACCACUAAUAUCAAGUCAAAGGAAAAAGUAGAGAUUGUGAAAGAGCAAUGGCAUAUUAUCUCUGUGGUGUGUGAUCGCAUAUCAAUGUGGACGUUUGCUUUAGCAAUCAUAGUAACAAUGACAAUGAUAUUCUAUCAAGCGCCUGGUUAUAUUUCUUGAUCUUUACAUACAUUAAAACGCAUAUUAACAUGUAUUAGACAUUAGAACACCAAAAACAGCUUUUAGCAUUAUACUAUAAAAGAAAAAUGCUAUCUAGAGGAUUAGUUUGAUGAGGCAAUAAUAAAUAAAUUUAAUAAAAAAGAUA